UGAAGAAGGAAGAAGAAGAAGAGCGGUAGGAAGUGUUGACAAAUAUUACAGUUUAACGUUUCACGUCAACGGAGAGCGAAUGUAAAUCUUGCUACUGUAGUCGUUGCACCGUAGCAUAAUUUGUCAGACUUCCAGAGUCAUCUUUUAAUUAAAUAUCAUUAUUUAAUCGUACAAAUUGUUCAAUUAUGUGAUGUCGUUUAAGUGAACCGAGCAGUCUAGCUGUCAUCCAAGUAGGACUAACGUUAUCUCCCAGAGACAUGGCGACUUAAUAAAUGACCCACCACACGUCCAGACACCUUUACAUUCGGUGACGGCACAACGUGAAAUCAACGAUGUCUCAAUUUAUGGAUUCCGGAGAGAAUACGCCAUUGCUCAACGAUGAUUCUGGCAGUUUGUCCUUUCCGUCCAGCGAUGACUCCCAAAAUGAUGAAUACAAGAGUAGAUGGCGGUCAAUUCGUGUAAUGUACUUCACAAUGUUUCUAAGCAGCGUUGGUUUCACUAUUGUCAUCACGUCAGUUUGGCCGUAUCUGCAAAAGAUUGAUGACAGUGCCAAUGCUAGCUUCCUUGGCUGGGUGGUGGCGGCCUACAGUCUGGGCCAGAUGCUGGCGUCCCCCCUCUUUGGGCUCUGGUCCAAUCACAGACCCAGGAGAGAACCGUUGGCCUGCUCUAUUUUCAUCAACGUCACAGCCAACAUCUACUACUGCUACAUCUACCUACCCACAUCACAGAACAAAUACCACAUGCUCAUGUCUCGAGCUUUAGUCGGUUUUGGAGCAGGGAACGUAGCUGUUGUGAGGUCCUAUGUUGCUGGAGCCACCUCACUGAAGGAGAGAAACAGUGCUAUGGCUAACACAAGUGCCUGUCAGGCUCUGGGGUUCAUUCUGGGUCCAGCUCUCCAGGCCGGUUUGUCAUUUAUUGGUGAACAAGGUGUUAGCGUGAAGGUUAUUGACCUACAGCUGAAUAUGUACACCGCCCCAGCUCUACUGGCUGCAUUAUUUGGCGUCAUCAAUAUCCUGCUCGUCGUAUUAGUACUGAGGGAACACCAAGUUGACGACUAUGGAAGACAUAUCAGAGCCAUCAAUUAUGUGUCUGAAGAAAGGAUGGAUGUCAGUCAGGAAACCGAAGGGAAUAUUGAUCACGUUGCUGUUUUGACCUCCAACGUUCUAUUUUUCAUCAUCAUGUUCAUUUUCGCGGUCUUUGAGACCAUAGCCACACCCCUAUCUAUGGACAUGUUCUCUUGGACUAGGAAGGAUGCAGUGCUGUACAACGGUAUCAUACUGUCCUGCGUCGGCUUUGAGUCCAUCCUGGUGUUUCUACUUGUGAAAGUUCUCUCUCAAAGGUUUGGUGAUCGUCCUGUGCUCCUUGGAGGCUUGGCUAUCAUAUUCUGUGGCUUCUUUGUCCUGCUCCCAUGGGGGAACCGUUACCCUGCGAUCCAGUGGGCAGACCUCAAGAAUUACACUGUCAUCCACGAGACGUUUGCCCCGAACCCGGCGUUUGCCCCAACUCCGGUCUCCAACAGCUCCUUCGAGCCGACAGGCUGCCCUGCUGAACAGACAUGGUGCCAGUAUACCCCCGCCAUUUACCUGGCACAGUUCCUUACCGCCGACGUCCUCAUUGGAGCGGGCUACCCGGCCUGCAACGUGAUAUCCUACACGCUCUACUCCAAAAUCCUAGGGUCCAAGCCUCAGGGUGUGUACAUGGGCUGGUUGACAGCCUCUGGUAGCGGGGCCCGGACCCUGGGGCCCGUGUUCGUCUCCCAGGUGUACACAAUCCUGGGUCCACGUUGGGCUUUCAGCCUCAUCUGUGUCAUGGUGCUGGUGGCCAUACUUCUCCUGGGGGCCCUCUACCACAAACUCAUCUCCUUCGCCGUGCGUCAUGGCAGGAUCCUGGAGUAAGAAAUGUAGACCCCACAGCCAUUUUAGGGCAGGGGGAUGGGAUUUUUUGUCGACUUUAAUCCUAAAAUGAGAAGCUUUCACUAAUGAAGUUGCUGCCGGGGAUGUGGUGACAGUUUCACAAUGCCUGAUAGUUUGUCACUCAGGUUUGAUAUUGAAGAUGUUUGGUCAAGAACAAAACGGUAGGGCCAUUUUAUUUUCUCCUGAGUUGAGAUGACUUCUCCAGUUGAAAAAGGAACUACUUCUUCUACCACUAAAUGUAUUUCAGUAACUGCUACUUCUCUGAUUUUGUAUGGAAAAGAGCACAUUUUGAAAUUGCUAUCUCUCUCUUUUUGAAUGUGUACUUGGCUUGUUUGGGGGACCACUGAUUUAAACAUCGGUUAAUUUGUUAGUUUUUAUGUUGUAAAUGGUUUGAAUAAUGGUCACUUUUAGUAUUGAAAAAUAUGUACAUACAUGUAGUUGAAGUGGCUGAUUCCAACUGAGUCACUUGUUCUUGAAAUAAUGGAAAACCUGUUAUGUGAAAUUGUGGGUAUAAUCUCAGCAAAAAAAGAAACUUCCCUUUUCAGGACUCUCUGUCUUUCAAAGAUAAUUCGUAAAAAUCCAAAUAACUUCACAGAUCUUCAUUGUAAAGUGUUUAAACACUGUUUCCCAUGCUUGUUCAUUGAAUCAUAAACAAUUAAUGAACAUGCACCUGUGGAACGGUCGUUAAGACUCUAACAGCUUACAGACUGUAAGCAAUUAACGUCUGAAAACUUAAGACUCUUACACCGAGGCCUGUACUCUGGAGCGGGAUCGAUUUGAGGUGGAGCGUCCGUCAUGGUCUGGGGAUCACAGCAUCAUUGGACUGAGUUUGUUGUCAUUGCAGGCAAUCUCAACGCUGUGCGUUACAGGGAAGACAUCCUUCUCCCUCAUGUGGUACCCUUCCUGCAGGCUCAUCCUGACAUGACCCUCCAGCAUGACAAUGCCACCAGCCAUGCUGCUCGUUCUGUGUGUGAUUUCCUGCAAGUCAGGAAUGUCAGUGUUCUGCCGUGGCCAGCGAAGAGCCCGGAUCUCAAUCCCAUUGAGCACGUCUGGGACCUGUUGGGUCAGAGGGUGUGGACUAGGGCCGUUCCCCCCAGAAAUGUCUGGGAACUUGCAGGUGCCUUGGUGGAAGAGUGGGGUAACAUCUCACAGCAAGAACUGCCAAAUCUGGUGCAGUCCAUGAGGAGGAGAUGCACUGCAGUACUUAAUGCAGCUGGUGGCCACACCAGAUACUGACUGUUACUUUUGAUUUUGACCCCCCCUUUUGUUCAGGGACACAUUAUUCCAUUUCUGCUAGUCACAUGUUUGUGGAACUUGUUCAGUUUGUCUCAGUUUUUGAAUCUUAUGUUCAUACAAAUAUUUGCAUGUUAAGUUUGCUGAAAAUAAACACAGUUGACAGUGA